CCUCUCUCUGUUUCUUUCUUUCUCCUUCAGCCAUACUUCUGUGCAUUCUGCUUCUUUGAAAUGUAACACCGCGCGGCCUACAUUCAGCACCAGAGUUAGUUUUUAUCCGUUUGCGACUACAAGAAAAAAAAAAAAAAACAACAACAACAACUAGAUCCUGAUUUAGAAAGAAAACUUGCCAGGAGGUAAUGUGGAGCUGAAGCUCAUCCAGACAGGCUGGGAUGAUCAGGUGUCCCAUUGAGGAGGAGGUGCAGGAGCCACUAAAUUGUUCUGAAAGGGGAAAAGGAGAACAAACGGGGGAAAUGGCCAUGGCUACAGCUGCCUCCUUCUUCUCCAACGGACCCGGGCCGUGGACGCCGAGCGACACCGAGAGGAACAGCGUCUACCGAGACCUGGAGCUCGGCACCGUGCUCACGCUGUUCUACUCGAAGAAAUCUCAGAGGCCCGAGAGGAGGACGUUUCAGGCGAAGCUGGAGACGAGGCAGAUCAUAUGGACCAGAGGCACGGACAAAAUCGAAGGAGAAAUUGAUAUUCGGGAGAUUAAGGAGAUCCGGACGGGACAGAAGUCUCGGGAUUUCGAGCGUUAUGUGGAGGACUCGGCCGUCAGGCCUGACCAGGCACACUGCUUCGUCAUUCUCUAUGGCACCGAGUUCCGCCUCAAAUCCCUCAGUCUGGCAGCCACGUCAGACGAGGAGAUGUCCAUGUGGGUGACGGGUCUGAACUGGCUGGUGGCUGACACUCUGCGCUCCCCCACGCCUCUACAGAUAGAACGGUGGUUAAGGAAGCAGUUUUAUGCUGUCGAUCGCAACAAAGAAGACAAAAUUUCCUGUAAGGAUCUGAAAAGCAUGCUGAGCCAAGUCAACUACCGAGUCCCUAACAUGAAGUUUCUACGAGAGAAGCUUCCGGACGGCGAGUUGAGGAGCGGCGACGUCUCGUAUAGUCAGUUUGCGCAGCUGUACCGUAGCCUAAUGUUCGACGCACAGAAAUCUAUGGAUAUUCCCUUCCUUCAAAGCUUUAUCGAGAGACCCGAGCAGAGGAUCACACUGGAGGAUUUCCAGCACUUUCUAAUCGAGUGUCAGAAGGAGCUCUGGGCUACAGACAAUAACAAGGUUCAGGAGUUUAUGUUUCAUUACCUGAAGGAUCCACUGAGGGAGAUUGAGCAGCCUUACUUUUAUCAGGAUGAGUUCCUCACUUACCUGUUCUCCAAGGAGAACUCCAUCUGGGAUUCCACACUGGCCCACGUGCGUCCCGAGGACAUGAACAAUCCUCUGUCGCACUACUGGAUUUCUUCCUCCCAUAACACCUACCUGACGGGAGACCAGUUUUCCAGCGAGUCAUCUCUGGAGGCGUACGCCCGCUGCCUGAGGAUGGGCUGCAGAUGCAUCGAGUUGGACUGCUGGGACGGUCCUGAUGGGAUGCCGGUCAUCUAUCACGGCCACACGCUCACCACCAAGAUCAAGUUCUGUGACGUUCUCAUGACCAUCAAAGAGCACGCGUUCGUCACGUCCGAAUUUCCCAUAAUCCUCUCCAUCGAGGACCACUGCAGCAUCGUGCAGCAGAGGAACAUGGCGAUGCACUUUAAGAAGGUCUUCGCUGACAUGCUCCUGACUAAAGCAGUGGACAUUUCUGCAGACGGACUUCCGUCACCCAAUCAGCUCAAGCGGAAGAUUCUGAUCAAGCACAAGAAGCUAGCAGAAGGAAGUGCGUAUGAAGAGGUUUCCACGUCCACUCCGUACUCGGAAAACGACAUCAGCAACUCCAUCAAGAACGGCAUCUUGUUCCUGGAGGAUCCCAUCAACCACGAGUGGUACCCGCACUUUUUCGUCCUGACAAGCAGUAAGAUCUACUACUCGGAGGAAACCACCAGUAACCAAGGCAACGAGGAUGAGGAGGAACACCGCGAGGUUGGGAAUGGCAUGGAUCAGCACGUCAGCGAGAAGUGGUUCCAUGGGAAGCUGGGCGCGGGCCGGGAUGGCCGUCAGAUCGCCGAGCGGCUCCUGUCGGAGUACUGCCUGGAGACCGGCGCUCCGGACGGAUCCUUCCUGGUGCGGGAGAGCGAGACGUUUGUGGGAGACUACACUUUAUCUUUCUGGCGUUCAGGUCGUGUUCAGCACUGUAGAAUUCACUCUCGUCAGGAAGCCGGCAGCCCCAAAUUCUACCUGACGGACAACCUGGUGUUCGACACGCUCUUCGCCCUCAUCACACACUAUCAGCAGGUGGCGCUGCGCUGCAACGAGUUUGAGAUGAAGCUGACGGAGCCUGUGCCUCAGACCAACGCCCACGAGAGCAAAGAGUGGUAUCACGCGUCUCUGACCCGGAGCCAGGCGGAGAACAUGCUGAUGAGGGUGCCACGUGACGGAGCCUUCCUCGUGAGGAAGAGGACGGAGUUAAAUUCCUAUGCCAUCUCUUUCCGAGCUGAGGGGAAGAUUAAACACUGUCGGGUGCAGCAGGAGGGACAGACGGUUGUUCUCGGUACGUCAGAGUUUGACAGUUUGGUGGAUUUGAUCAGUUACUAUGAGAAACACCCGCUGUACCGCAAGAUGAAGCUGCGUUACCCCAUCAACGAGGAGACACUGGAGAAGAUUGGCACUGCUGAACCGGACUAUGGUUCUCUGUAUGAGGGACGGAACCCGGGUUUCUAUGUGGAAGCCAAUCAAAUGCCUACAUUUAAGUGCACUGUGAGAGCGAUGUUUGAGUAUAAGGCUCAGCGUGAUGACGAGCUCUCCUUCAGUAAAAACGCCAUCAUUCAGAAUGUAGACAAACAGGAAGGAGGCUGGUGGAAAGGUGACUUUGGGGGAAAAAAGCAGUUGUGGUUUCCUGCUAAUUAUGUCGAAGAGAUCAGCCAUACAGCACUGGAACCUGACAGAGGCGUGAGUAGAACAGCCCCACUGGGAGAUCUCCUUAGAGGAAGUAUGGACGUGUCUUCCUGUCAGAUCUUCGUGAGCACUGACGGGAAAGGCAGUCGGCCCCACGUGUUCUCCUUACACCGCAUGGAUUCUCCGCGCUCAAGCACUGUGCUGGACAUCGCUGCUAGCUCUCAGGAGGAGCUGAAGGACUGGGUGCAGAAAAUCCGUGAGGUCACCAUGACUUCAGAGGCCAAGCUGGAAGAAGGGAAGAUGAUGGAGAGGAGGAAGAAGAUCGCACUGGAGCUCUCGGACCUGGUGGUGUACUGCCGUCCCGUUCCGUUCGACGAAGACAAAAUCGGAACAGAGAGAGCAUGUUUCAGGGACAUGUCCUCAUUCCCGGAGACUAAAGCUGAGAAAUAUGUGAACCGGGUGAAAGGGAAGAAGUUCCUGCAGUACAAUCGGCUUCAGCUCUCGCGUAUUUACCCGCGCGGUCAGCGCCUGGACUCCUCCAACUACGACCCGUUACCCAUGUGGCUUUGCGGCAGCCAGCUGGUGGCGCUCAACUUUCAGACAGCAGAUAAGCCCAUGCAGAUGAACCAGGCUCUGUUUAUGCUGAACGGGAAGAGCGGCUACGUCCUGCAGCCGUCCAUCAUGAGAGACGACAACUUCGACCCUUUCGACAGACACACGCUGAGAGGAGUCGAGGUCAUUACACUGGUCAUAGAGGUGUUGGGUGCACGACACUUACCUAAGCAUGGGCGGGGCAUCGUGUGUCCGCUGAUCGAGAUUGAGGUUUGUGGAGCUGAAUACGACUGCAUCAAGCAGAAGACUGACUCUGAGGCGGAUAACGGUCUGAACCCCACGUGGCCCCGAAAGCCGUUCCGCUUCACCGUGUGUAACCCCACGUUCGCCUUCCUGCGCUUCGUCGUGUACGAGAUCGACAUGUUCAACGACCAGAACUUUCUCGCUCAGGCCACCUUCCCCAUCAACUGCCUCAAAACAGGCUACAGAGCUGUGCCGCUGAAGAACAGCUAUAACGAGGAUCUGGAGUUAGCAUCUCUGCUCGUCCACGUGGAUAUCAGCAGAGGCAGACAUGAGAACGGAGAGACGUUGAGUCCGUUCCUCGGAGCGAUGGGUGUGAUGACGGCGGGGAGGGAUCGUUUAGGGGACAGUGUGUCCUCCCUGUCCUCCAUGUCCUCCAUGUCCCCUCUCCCCUCGUCCCCGGCUCAGGCUCUGGGGUAUCGGGGACGCGAGGGAUCGUUCGAGUCUCGAUACCAGUCACCGCUGGACGACUUCAGAGUGUCACAGGAAGCGCUACUGGACCACAUGGACCCACAGAACAGGUCCAGGUUGAUGCGAAGAGCUCGAGUCGGCGGAGACAAUCGUGUGUAGCCUCUCUACCCUACACACACACACACACACACACACACACACACACACACACACACACACACCACCCAGGGUCCGGCUCAAGUGCUGAUGAUGUCAUGGACUGCUGUGAAACCUGUUUCUAUGGAAACGUUGUCGCCAGUGCUUUUGGCCUACAUUUCAGGCAGAACUCCCACCUCUCUCUUUCUCUCUUUCUCUCUCUCUCUCUUUCUCUCUCUCUCUCUCUCUCUCUCUCUCUCUCUCUCUCUCUCUCUCUCUCCCUCUAUCUGGAGACUGUGUGAGAUGAAGACGGUGGGAGGGACGCAUCAGGGUCAUGCGGCGUAACGAGACACCGUCUGAGCGACGUGUGCAUGCGCGGGACGUUCAGUAGCAUGAAGGACUAAAGAAACGUCAACACCUGGGACGGGAUUGUGUUUAAAACUACUUCUAUUUUUUGUUUUUUUUUUUUCCCUUCAGUUUUUUCUCUCUCUGGCAUAUAGAAAUAUAUAGGUCUAUAUAAAUAUAUAAAUAUAUUAUAUUUAUUCCGGCUCUGCUGUGUACCGGAGAACAGCUGCAGCUGAUCUGCUCUCAAAGAGCUUCUCUCCCCAUGUUUGUAUUAUUUAAACGCAAAUUUUUAACUUCCAUAAUGUGAUUUUUUUUUUUUUUUUCUUUCUUUCUUUUUUAAUUAAUGUAUGUGUCUAACACAAGGGCUUGGCUUUUCCCCUCCUUUUCGUGCUCUCUUCCUCCCACAGACUGAAGCGUCCACGUUUCCCCCCAGCACACCAUCAUGAUGUUUUUCUUUCUUUCUUUUUUUCCCCGAGUCGAGCGGAAAUCCAGGCAGCCGUAAAACAGAGAGCUCAGGAAGAAGCCCCGGCCUGUUUUUGUUGGAUUCUGGCAGGCUUCAGAAAAAUGGGACCAGGCAGAGGCUUUUUAAUAUUUUUUCUUCUUGAUUUAUCAACGUAUCAUCCUUAUUUUUAUGUGAUGUUAUCACUGUUGGAUCGUUUUUGUUCUUUUUAAACCAAGAAAGAGGGACCAGACGUUAAAAAGGAAACGGUGCCAUGUUUUACGUAACCUCGUUCAAAAUCUGCUCGCGUUUCAUUUUUAAACGUGGUUUUGUUUUUUGACAAAGAAAAAGUUUGAUCAUCUCAUCAUCUUUUUUUUUUUUUUUUAAUGAUCCCUAUAUAUAUAUAUAUAUAUUUUUUUUUAACUUUUAUUUCCUUUUCACUGUUUAUUGCGUUCACACGAGGCUGUUUCCACUUUUGACUCACUUCUAGAAGCGACAGGGAUGCACCAAUCCGACGCGGAGCUAAAAAUCGGAUUUUUCGGAUCCUAUACUUUACGUUUUAUGCCGUAAAUGCCCUUCAGAAUGAUCAACUUUACAAACCGGCAGUGUUUCUAGAUCUGUAACAAUCAUAAACUCCAUUCUAAUCAUAAACUGCAACGUUGAUCUUUCUGGUCCAGAAAUUAGCCCCGCCCCUUCCAAACAAACUUACAAGGUAUUGGGAGUUUCUUUUUGAAGUGAAGGACAGUUUAUUCAUACCAUCAUUUCAAGUGUUAUUCGAAUUUCAAGUGUCGAUUUCAAUUCGAAUAGGGCUGUAAAGAAAAUUACAAACUGCUCCUUUAAGCCAAAGCCUGUUAAUGUGUUCGCAUAAUUUAGUGAUGCCAAUAUUGGAGUUAAAAUGUAAAUAUGGACUUGGUGCAUCCUUAAGAAUUAGUAUGGACACAUUUUUCCUUCAUUUUUGGACAGUAAUAGUUCAGCGGUUAAAGUUCUGUCCAGGACUGUGAAAGAUUUCGUAGUGGAAAAUAUGCUGAUUGCUGCUUUAAGCAUUUUUAGGGAGCCAUGUUUUUUUUUUUUAAAGCGAGGACCAAAUAGAGCGUACACUGUAGAGCAUCUGUGAGCUGUACUUUAGAGGUAAUUUAAUAACUUUAAUGCAUACCGUUCUGUUUUUUUUUUCUUCAGCAGUGCUAGGAAUGAUGGGAUAUGUUUCGAUUUAAUGCAGCACUAUUCACUAUUCCCUCUUAAUUAGAAGAGCUCAGGAAGCAGGCGGGGGGCGGGGCUAUGAUUCUAUACGUUUGUUUCAGAGUGGUCAGGAGACAGGAAGUGCAGAAUAACGAUGUAAAACUUGACAUUGGUUCCAUCCAUGUUUUGAGUUUUGAGUUCUGGAUCCUCGUCUCAGCAUUCCUGCUGGAUUCCGUCUCACCAAGCUCUUACGUAAUCCCGAAUUCCAGAUGAAACAGGAACCAGAAACGUGCGCUUCCUGCCUGAGCAUUUAUUCACAAAUGAGUUCGAGGGAGAAAAAGGCGACUUGUUGAUGCCGCCAUGUUGUUUUCUUUCUUUCUUUUUUGUUUUUGAUAAAACUCUGCGCUGUGUAAAUCUCUUCCCGCUUCUCUCUCUCUCUCUCUCUCUCUUUUCCCUCGCGUCUGCUUCGACGUGCCUCCGUGUGCGUUGUGUGAGAGAGUGUGUACAUAUAUAUACAUAUUUAUACAUUAAUGACAGACGGACAUGUAUGCUUCAUUUCAGACAUUUUGUUACGAUGCUCUUAUUUACAAAACGAAGCCUUUUUUCUGUAAUGUGCCUAUGCUAUAUUGAGAAGGGGAAGGGAGGGGUAUACAUUUUAAUUUUGCCUUUCAUAUGGAACAUAUUCAAGCCUGAUUAAAUAAUUAAAUAAUAAAGUAUUCAACAAUGA